AGAAUUACAGCAAGUACCUACUAACGAUCAUGUUACAAAAUGCCCGACAUUGUUGCUGCGUUUACGCGUCUUUCUUAGUCCAUUCUUGUGACAACAUGAAAAAUGACCAUCAUUAAUGUUGUUGCUUCAAAUUAUUAAAUUUGAAAAAAAAGUGGGACUGGAGUUAUCACAGCAACAAGGAGGAACGACUGAAAACAUUAACUGGCACUCGCAACUUGUCGGGUUGCAGAUUGACGCGCUGUUGUUGCCACUUGGUUGUUCGCGUCGAUGUGUGGAGGGAUCGGCGCAAUUUCGUGCAGUGCGUUUGCCUGACGUACCGACGCGGCAUGCUGGAGCAACGCCGCAACCUGAGUGGAACUGCAUCGUUGUGGAUGACUCUUGUUCUGCGUGAAACGACGAGUUGGAGAUUGUAAGAAUGCACGCUUAAAACGGGGUCCUCUACCAGGAUUUGG